UAGUCCAUUUAUACCUUCAAUUUACAUAACUAUCACUACCGAUACUACCGAUAAUACCUAUGUUGAUAAAGAUGGAUUAUAUGGUGGUUGUGUUACUACUACAUAUACAUAUCAAUCUUGUUAUUAUUUUCUGAAUGAUGAAUUUUUCGAUCUAAGUUAUUGGCAACCUCAUGUCGUAAUUCAUCAACAAAGCCAACACUUAAAUAUUAUUUCAUCUGCACAAACAAAUCAAUCAAUGCACCGUGAAAAUGAAUUACAUUAUUAUCCCGUAGUGGACAAUUACAUGUUCAAAGCAAAAGCUUUAUAUGAUUAUCUUGGAAGCAUGAAUCAUAACGAGCUUUCAUUUACCAAAGGCGAAAUCCUUUACAUUACUAGUAAUCAAGGUAAAUGGUGGAAUGCAACAAAGAUCAAUGGAACUACUGGUGUUGUACCAA